AUGGCUGUCAGCUUCUCUGCAAUUUUAUACUUACCGCACUCAUUACCAUCUCCUACUUCACUCAAAUCCUCGAGAACAAAAAUGUCAGCCACUCCAUCACUCUCCUCCUCCUCCUCCUCCUCAUCUUCAUCUGCAUCCCAAAUGGAUCUUGACAACCAGGGACGUCAGAAAUUCAUAGAAUUCCCAUUUGUCUCUGCCCCGCACAGGGAUCUCAUGGUUAAUCUUUUAUCAACAGUGGAGGAUCGACUUGGCUCACACCUCCUCCCUUGUACACUUCCACUUGACGUACAACACUGCCAGAACGAGAGUGGGAGCGCCCAAGCUUCACUUCAUAUUCGAUCAGGCCAUCAGUCUUCCCAGGUCGAUUUCAUAUUGGGAAGUUGGCUACACUGUAAACUACCUACUGGUGGAGCAUUGAAUAUAACUAGCCUUUCAGCCUAUCUGAACCCUUCAACAGAUGCACCAAAUUUCAUAAUUGAGCUGAUCCAGAGUAGUCCAACAUCGCUAAUCCUCAUUCUUGAUUUGCCUCCACGGAAGGACCUUGUCCUUUCUCCAGACUAUCUUCAAAUUUUCUAUGAGGACACCCAGCUAGACAUGCGUAGGCAGAUGCUUGCGAAACUCCCUGAGGUUCAACCCUACAUCUCUUCAUCCCUUUAUCUCCGCUCUGUCCUCUCGCCUACUGUCAUUAUGAUUCAAAUAGAAGCAGAAGCAGGUGGACCAGAACGAAUGGAGGAGAUAAUAAAAAAUCACAUAGAUAUUACUGCCAAGGAAGUUUUGGGGAUUUGGUUGGAUCAUUGUGCUUGUGGAGAAAGAUUGGUGGGAAAGGAAGAGAAGGGUUAUUUGAAGAAGAGAGAUGAGGUAAUAAAGAAAAAAACUAUUGAGAUUGAUCUAGGCACAAACUUUCCAAGAUUGUUUGGUCCAGAAGUCACAGGUAGAGUAUUAGGAGCCAUACAAAACGCGUAUAACGUCUGA